AUGGCAAGGCUUGCUAAAGGAAAGAAAGUCGUGACUAAGCCUCCUCAGAAGGAUGCGGGAUUGGAUUUGGCAUCGGUAAAGGAAGCGGAAAGUUGUUCGCAAUCGAAUGGAAAGGAAGUGGAUCUAGGGCAUCAUACUCUGGAAAGUUCAGCAAGUCUGGAAGCCAAAACAGCCUUGGAAACAGUAAAGUAUACUAAGCCAAACAGUAUGCAGAGUAAGGAUAAAGGCCAAGAUACUGGAAUGUUAAUGAAGAUUGGGCAAUCUAAUGCUGGUUUCCCGAAAGCUGGUGAGUAUAACGGCAAUCCAGUAGAAGAUUACAGCAAGAAUGGGGGACGUUUGUUGAUGUGGAGGAAGGGUGAGAUUGAUGUUGAUAUAUUAGAAAAUGAUGAACAAUAUAUUCAUUGUAUGGUUAAGGAUCAAGUAUACAAGAGGAGGUUCAAGAUGACUUUGGUGUAUGGUGCAAAUGGGAAAAACGAAAGAUGGAAUGCCCUGAUACGGAUUGUGAAAUCAAUAAUGUGUCAAGAAGAAAAAAUAGGUGGUCUGCCAGUAACUGCAGCUGAUGUGGGUGAGUUUCAGAUGGUUAUCGAUGAAUGUCAACUGUGGUAG